AAAAUUUGUUAAAAAGCAACAGGGUUUCUGGGAUUUAUAUCACUAAGAUAAUAUCGAUGAAAAGAUAAAGCUCUAAUCAUGUUCUUCGCGACUAAUAUCGUUCGUAUUGGAUUAUGUGGAGCAAUCGUGUUUGUAUUUUUAACAGUUGUCGAUGCUGGGCGCUUCAAGUGGACAAAUCUGAAAACGAAAAAAGGGAGACCCAAUGUCCAAUCGGUUUUAAAUACCGACAAUGAAUAUGGUUUAUUUGGGUCAAUCAACCCUAAACGGCGCAUGCGCAGGACUGAUGACGAUUAUGUUGAAAUGCUAACACGUAAGCUUAGAUAUCCGAUUGACAACAUGAUGGGGAAAGGAAAUGAAGAUAGUAACCAUGAUGAAUUGAAAGAUACAUUUGCUUAUUAUUUAGCUGAAGAUACGACAAAUCGAAAGUCAGACAAAGGAAAGACGGACGGUAAAAACAGAUCAUCCAGUAAAGAUAACUCAGCAAGCAAAGGAAAGUCGAGCAAAGAAAAGUCGGACAGUUCAAGCAAAUCAGCCAGUAAAGAAAACUCAGCAAGCAAAGGAACAUCAUCAAAGAAAGCAAAAUCACGCAGUAAAAGCAAACCAGUGAGCAGUGGAAAGUCUAGCAAAGAAAAAUCAACAUCAACAAGUCAAUCAGCGAGCGAAGAAAUACUUUUACUAACUCCAACAUCAACAAUUCCAAUGCCAACAGCUACAUCGCCUACUAGUGCGCCAACUACUGUCGAGCCGACAGGGGCAUCACCAACAACUACAGAACCAAUAGUUGUUACCGCACAGAUAAAUAAGGAGUUGGAAUCAUCUCUAAUGUUAUUACGACUGUUUGGAUUGAUCAAGAGAAAUUUUCCAGAACCCAAAGCUAAUAGACUAAAUAAACGUAGUGAAGAUAGUACUGAGAAUACACAAUACACAAACCCAUACACGUCUGUUUAUGAAGGUAAUCAGGUCUCCACGCCUGAUAUUUGGCAGUACAUUACUAAUAAGUGGAAUAUGGACUCCUAUCAGGUCGUCUUCACAAAGAUGCUAUUUGAUAUCUUGAGAGAAUAUCCCAACGCAUUCGAACGUAAUUUGCCUCCAAGCUACAUGCAGCGUCCUCUUAUGGAUAAGUUGAUGAUCGAUUCUGCUGACUUCUAUGGCGCCACUGAGUUUGAUGGGUUUAGUAUGGAUGACCACUGGUGGAAUCUGGUGGAAGCGGCAUACUUCGCAACCAUCGAUCUGACAGAAGAUGGCGAAAAUGAAGUAUUAUCUAGAAAGAAAAGGGGUAAAAAAGGUAAUGCUAAGUCAGCGAGCAAAAGUAAAUCUUCAAGCAAGGAGAAAUCGGUGAAGCAAGCCAGCCAAGGAAAGUCUAACAAGUCGGGGGUGUCUAACAAGUCAGGAAAGUCUAACAAGUCGCAAAAGUCGAAGAGUGGAACAAAAUCAGCAAGUAAGGAAACGUCAACCAUCAAAAGCGAGUCUAAUAAGUCGAAAAAAUCGAACAUCGAAAGCAAAUCAACCAGUAAAGAAAAGUCAUCUCAGAAAUCAAAAUCUGGUGGUAAAAGCAAAUCAGCAAGCAAAGGAAAGUACAGCAAAGAAAGCCCAGAGGAUGAAAGUAAAUCAACAAGUAAAGAAAAAACAGCAAGCAAAGAAAAGUCAUCUCAGAAAUCAAAAUCUGGCGGUAAAAGCAAAUCAGCAAGCAAAGGGAAGUACAGCAAAGAAAGCCCAGAUGAUGAAAGUAAAUCGGCAAGUAAAGAAGUGACAGCAAGCAAAGAAAGGUCAUCUCAGGAAUCAAAAUCUAGCGGUAAAAGCAAAUCAGCAAGCAAAGGAAAGGACAGCAAAGAAAGUUCAGAGGAUGAAAGUAAAUCAGCAAGUAAAGAAGAAACAGCAAGCAAAGAAAGGUCAUCUCAGAAAUCAAAAUCUGGUGGUAAAAGCAAAUCAGCAAGCAAAGGAAAGUACAGCAAAGAAAGCCCAGAGGAUGAAAGUAAAUCAGCAAGUAAAGAAGAAACAGCAAGCAAAGAAAGGUCAUCUCAGAAAUCAAAAUCUGGCGGUAAAAGCAAAUCAGCAAGCAAAGGAAAGUACAGCAAAGAAAGCCCAGAGAAUGAAAGUAAAUCAGCAAGUAAAGAGGAAAUAGCGAGCAAAGAAAAGUCAUCUCAGAAAUCAAAAUCUGGUGGUAAAAGCAAAUCAGCAAGCAAAGGAAAAUACAGCAAAGAAAGCCCAGAAGAUGAAAGUAAAUCAGCAAGUAAAGAAGAAACAGCAAGCAAAGAAAAGUCAUCAAAGAAAUCAAAAUCUGGCGGUAAAAGCAAAUCAGCAAGCAAAGGAAAGUACAGCAAAGAAAGUUCAGAGAAUGAAAGUAAAUCAGCAAGUAAAGAAGAAACAGCAAGCAAAGAAAAGUCAUCAAAUAAAUCUAAAUCUGGCGGUAAAAGCAAAUCAGCAAGCAAAGGAAAGUACAGCAAAGAAAGCCUAAAGGAUGAAAGUAAAUCGGCAAGUAAAGAAGCACUAACAAGUAAAGGAAAGUCAUCAAAGAAAUCAAAAUCUGGCGGUAAAAGCAAGUCAGCAAGCAAAGAAAAGGACAGCAAAGAAAGUUCAGAGAAUGAAAGUGGAUCAGCAAGUAAAGAAGAAACAGCAAGCAAAGAAAAGUCAUCAAAGAAAUCAAAAUCUGGUGGUAAAAGCAAAUCAGCAAGCAAAGGAAAGGACAGCAAAGAAGGUUCAGAGAAUGAAAGUGGAUCAGCAAGUAAAGAAGAAACAGCAAGCAAAGAAAAGUCAUCAAAGAAAUCAAAAUCUGGCGGUAAAAGCAAAUCAGCAAGCAAAGGAAAGGACAGCAAAGAAAGUUCAGAGGAUGAAAGUAAAUCAGCAAGUAAAGAAGAAACAGCAAGCAAAAAAAAGUCAUCAAAGAAAUCAAAAUCUGGUGGUAAAAGCAAAUCAGCAAGCAAAGGAAAAUACAGCAAAGAAAGCCCAGAGGAUGAAAGUAAAUCAACAAGUCAAGAAGAAACAGCAAGCAAAGAAAAGUCAUCUCAGAAAUCAAAAUCUGGUGGAAAAAGCAAAUCAGCAAGCAAAGGAAAGUACAGCAAAGAAAGCCCAGAGGAUGAAAGUAAAUCAGCAAGUAAAGAAGAAACAGCAAGCAAAGAAAAGUCAUCAAAGAAAUCAAAAUCUGGUGGUAAAAGCAAAUCAGCAAGCAAAGGAAAGGACAGCAAAGAAGGUUCAGAGAAUGAAAGUGGAUCAGCAAGUAUAGAAGAAACAGCAAGCAAAGAAAAGUCAUCAAAGAAAUCAAAAUCUGGUGGCAAAAGCAAAUCAGCAAGCAAAGGAAAGUACAGCAAAGAAAGCUCAGAGAAUGAAAGUAAAUCAGCAAGUAAAGAAGAAACAGCAAGCAUGAAAGAAAAGUCAUCAAAUAAAUCAAAAUCUGGCGGUAAAAGCAAAUCAGCAAGCAAAGGAAAGUACAGCAAAGAAAGCUCAGAGAAUGAAAGUGGAUCAGCAAGUAAAGAAGAAACAGCAAGCAAAGAAAAGUCAUCGAAGAAAUCAAAAUCUGGCGGUAAAAGCAAAUCAGCAAGCAAAGGAAAGUACAGCAAAGAAAGCCCAGGGAAUGAAAGUAAAUCAGCAAGUAAAGAGGAAAUAGCGAGCAAAGAAAAGUCAUCUCAGAAAUCAAAAUCUGGUGGUAAAAGCAAAUCAGCAAGCAAAGGAAAGUACAGCAAAGAGAGCCCAGAAGAUGAAAGUAAAUCAGCAAGUAAAGAAGAAACAGCAAGCAAAGAAAAGUCAUCUCAGAAAUCAAAAUCUGGUGGUAAAAGCAAAUCAGCAAGCAAAGGAAAGUACAGCAAAGAAAGCCCAGAGGAUGAAAGUAAAUCAGCAAGUAAAGAAGAAACAGCAAGCAAAGAAAAGUCAUCAAAGAAAUCAAAAUCUGGUGGUAAAAGCAAAUCAGCAAGCAAAGGAGAGUACAGCAAAGAAAGCUCAGAGAAUGAAAGUAAAUCAGCAAGUAAAGAAGAAACAGCAAGCAUGAAAGAAAAGUCAUCAAAUAAAUCAAAAUCUGGCGGUAAAAGCAAAUCAGCAAGCAAAGGAAAGUACAGCAAAGAAAGCUCAGAGAAUGAAAGUGGAUCAGCAAGUAAAGAAGAAACAGCAAGCAAAGAAAAGUCAUCGAAGAAAUCAAAAUCUGGCGGUAAAAGCAAAUCAGCAAGCAAAGGAAAGUACAGCAAAGAAAGCCCAGGGAAUGAAAGUAAAUCAGCAAGUAAAGAGGAAAUAGCGAGCAAAGAAAAGUCAUCUCAGAAAUCAAAAUCUGGUGGUAAAAGCAAAUCAGCAAGCAAAGGAAAGUACAGCAAAGAGAGCCCAGAAGAUGAAAGUAAAUCAGCAAGUAAAGAAGAAACAGCAAGCAAAGAAAAGUCAUCUCAGAAAUCAAAAUCUGGCGGUAAAAGCAAAUCAGCAAGUAAAGGUGAGUCCAGCAAAGAAAGCCCAGAGGAUGAAAGUAAAUCAGCAAGUAAAGAGGAAAUAGCGAGCAAAGAAAAGUCAUCUCAGAAAUCAAAAUCUGGCGGUAAAAGCAAAUCAGCAAGCAAAGGAGAGUACAACAAAGAAAGCCCAGAGAAUGAAAGUAAAUCAGCAAGUAUAGAAGAAACGGCGAGCAAAGAAAAGUCAUCAAAGAAAUCAAAAUCUGGCGGUAAAAGCAAAUCAGCAAGUAAAGAAAUCUCAGAAGAAGCAGGAUUCACACAACCAGUUGAUGCACAAGGAGAAUCCGCAUUUACAGGUGAUGCAAAAGGUGCUUCCAAUCUAACAGUUGAUGCACAAGGUGGUUCAGCACAAGGUGGUGCACAAGGUGGAUCUAAACUAACAGUUGAUGCACACGGAAGUUCCACACUAACAGGUGAUACACAAGGAGGAUCCAAUCUAACAGUUGAUGCACAAGGUGGUUCAGCACAAGGUGAUUCCACCUUAACGGAUGAUCCAGAAGGAGAAUAUUCGCAAACUGGUGAGGCUCAAGGGGGUUCCACACUAACAGGUGGUGCACAAGGUGGUUCCACACUAAAAGCUGAUGCACAAGGAGGAUCUCAACUAACAGUUGAUACGCAAGGAGGAUCCAAACCAAGAGGUGAUGCGCAAGGUGGUUCCACACUAAAAGCUGAUGCACAAGGAAGUUCCACACUAACAGGUGGUGCACAAGGUGGUUCCACACUAAAAGCUGGUGCACAAGGAGGUUCUACACUAACAGUUGAUGUUCAAGGAGAUACCACACUAACAGUUGAUACGCAAGGAAGUUCCAAACUAACAGGUGAUGAACAAGGAAGUUCCACACUAACAGGUGAUGACCAAGGAGAUACCACAUUAACAGUUGAUACGCAAGGAAGUACCACACUAACAGGUGAUGAACAAGGAAGUUCCACACUAACAGGGGAUGGACAAGGAAGUUCUACACUAACAGGUGAUGUACAAGGAGAUACCACACUAACAGUUGAUACGCAAGGAAGUUCCACACUAAAAGGUGAUGCACAAGGAGAUACCACACUAACAGUUGAUACGCAAGGAAGUUCCACACUAACAGGUGAUGAACAAGGAAGUUCCACACUAACAGGUGAUGACCAAGGAGAUACCACAUUAACAGUUGAUACGCAAGGAAGUACCACUCUAACAGGUGAUGAACAAGGAAGUUCCACACUAACAAGUGAUGCACAAGGAAGUUCUACACUAACAGGUGAUGCACAAGGGAGUUCCACACUAACAGGUGAUGCACAAGGAAGUUCCACACUAACAGGUGAUGCACAAGGAAGUUCCACACUAACAGAUGAUGCACAAGGAAGUUCCACACUAACAGGUGAUGCACAAGGAAGUUCCACACUAACAGGUGAUGGACAAGGUGAUUCCACACUAACAGUUGAUGCACAAGGAGAUACCACACUAACAGGCAUUGCGCAAGGAAGUUCCACACUAACAGGUGAUGCACAAGGAAGUUCCACACUAACAGGUGAUGCACAAGGAAGUUCCACACUAACAGGCGAUGCACAAGGUGGUUCCACACUAACAAGCGAUGCACACGGAAGUUCCACACUAACAGGUGAUGACCAAAGAGAUACCACACUAACAGUUGAUGACCAAGGAAGUUCCACACUAACAGGCGAUGAACAAGGUGAUUCCACACUAACAAGCGAUGCACAUGAAGGUUCCGAACUAACAGGUGAUGCACAAGGAAGUUCCACUCUAACAGGUGAUGUACAAGGAACUUCUACACUAACAGCUGAUGCUCAAGAAGGUUCUGAACUAAUGGUUGAUAUGCAAGGAAGUUCCAAACUGACAAGUGAUGCUGAAGGAGGUUAUACACCUACAACUUCCACACCUAAAACUGCUGCGCCAUUUACUGCUGUUACAUCUUCUUUUGCACCUGCGACUACAACUCCAAAAACUGCUGCUGCAACAACUGUAGCACCACCAACUACAGCUCCAAUAACCGCUGCUCUAACUACUGCAGCACCACCAACUGCAGUUCCAUUAACUACUGUUUCAUCAACUCCUGCACUCACAACUACUGCUCUAACAACUGCUGCUUCAAUAACUGCUGCUCCAACCACUGUACCAGCAACUACUCCUCCAAUAUCUGCUGCUUUAACAACUGCAGCAUCAUCAACUGCAGUUCCAUCAACUGCAGCUCCAUUAACUGAUAUAACAUCAACUGUACGAACAACUGCUGCUCCAAUAACUGCUGCUCCAACCACUGUACCAGCAACUACUCCUCCAAUAACUGCUGCUUCAACAACUGCAGCACCACCAACUACAGCUCCAAUAACUGCUGCUCCAACAACUGCAGCUCCAACAACUGCUGCUCCAAUAACUGCUGCUCCAACAACUGCAGCACCACCAACUGCAGCUCCAAUAACUGCUGCUCCAAUAACUGCUGCUCCAACAACUGCAGCACCACCAACUGCAGCUCCAAUAACUGCUGCUCCAAUAACUGCUGCUCCAACAACUGCAGCACCACCAACUGCAGCUCCAAUAACUGCUGCUCCAUCACCUGCUGCUCCAACAACUGCUGCUCCAAUAACUGCUGCUCCAACAACUGCAGCACCACCAACUGCUGCUCCAACAACUGCAGCACCACCAACUGCUGCUCCAAUAACUGCUGCUCCAAUAACUGCAGCUCCAAUAACUGCAGCUCCAUCACCUGUUGCACUAACAACUGUUGCUACAUCACCUUCUGUACCAAUCACUGCUGCUCCAACAACUGCUGCUCCAAUAACUGCUGCUCCAACAACUGCAGCACCACCAACUGCAGCUCCAAUAACUGCAGCUCCAUCACCUGUUGCACUAACAACUGCUGCUCCAACAACUGCUGCUCCAACAACUGCAGCACCACCAACUGCAGCUCCAAUAACUGCAGCUCCAUCACCUGCUGCUCCAACAACUGCUGCUCCAAUAACUGCUGCUCCAACAACUGCAGCACCACCAACUACAGCUCCAAUAACUGCUGCUCCAUCACCUGCUGCUCCAACAACUGCAGCACCACCAACUGCAGCUCCAAUAACUGCAGCUCCAUCACCUGCUGCUCCAACAACUGCUGCUCCAAUAACUGCUGCUCCAACAACUGCAGCACCACCAACUGCAGCUCCAAUAACUGCAGCUCCAUCACCUGUUGCACUAACAACUGUUGCUACAUCACCUUCUGUACCAAUCACUGCUGCUCCAACAACUGCAGCACCACCAACUGCAGCUCAAAUAACUGUUGCUCUUACUACUGCAGCACCACCAACUACAGCUCCAAUAACUGCUGCUCUAACUACUGCAGCACCACCAACUACAGCUCCAAUAACUGCUGUUACAUCAACUCCUGCACUCGAAACUACUGCUCUAACAACUAAAGCUCCAAUAACUGCAGCUCCAUCAACUGCUGCUCCAAUAACUGUUGCACCAACAACUGUUUCGCAAUUAAUUGCUGCUACAUCACCUUCUGCACCAAUCACUGCUGCUCCAACAACUGCAGCACCACCAACUGCAGCUCCAUCAACUGUUGCACCAACAGCAGCUGCGAAAUUAAUUACUGCGACAUCAACUUCUUCACCAAUCACUGCUGCUACAAUAACUGCUGCUCCAUCACUUGCUGCUCCAACAACUGCUGCAUCAAUAACUGCUGCUCCAUCAACUGUUGCACCAACAACUGCUGCACCAUUAAAUAAGGAGCUGGAACAAUCUCUUUUAUUGAUGCAGAUGUUUGGAUUUGGUCCCCCUGCAAACGCAGAUCUUAGUACUGCUGAAAGGCAACCUAGCGUUGAGACUGUCGCAGAGAGAACAACUGGUUCAGUAGCUCCGUCGACACAGACACCAACAUCCGGAACUGGUGAUAACAACCUUAACGGCGUUGCGGGAUUUGACAAGCAGAUAGGAAAUGAAGAUGAGAACGAAGCGGAAGAGCGAUUCGAUUCCCAAGUCCAAACAGAUAUCCCUACGUUGACUAUAGCUAUAACUAUUCCAGUUGUAGCACUAGUUGUUGGAGGGUGUGUGGUCUUCUUCCUGUUCGGGAGAAAGCGCCUUCGUCGUCGUCAACAGGUCGAUGAGGACCCCGACUGGAUGGAAAAAGAUUUGUUGAGUUAUGGGUCUCGCCCUAGUACUGCAUCAAGUGUAAAUUCACAAAGUUCUGAGAUGUUUAAGUUUCGUCCUGGGUCUGCGAUGACAACGGGACAUUGCUAACUAUUUCAUAAUCAGAACUCUCACGAUGCAACUAGAAUGAGUACAUCUUAAUUCUUAAUGACAUUUGGCUUAUAUACUAAGUAAGGAAUGAACAGUUGAAGAAAAUGAACACAUUCGUUUCUUCCUAAUUUUAUCUAAUAAUUCAGUACCCCCCUAUCACACUAAACUCGUUCUUACCCGUUCUUGCCAGUCCUACGAAAACGUCGUAAAACGGGCUCAAUCUGGCUGUGGUCGGGAAAUAUGUCUGAAAUAAUUAGCUUCUUCGUUCUUAAACAGUCUUCAAUACGUCCAUCUCGUUCGCAGUUCGUUCAGGUCGCACCACGUCGGUGUACAACGCCGUAGAACGCGUCCCUUAGUCUAGAAGGUCAUCAUGACCUGAUAACAGAACGGUAUGGUCGCCAUCGAAUUUUGAAUCGAUUCAAAAUUCUAAAAUCACAUUCCCGUCUGAGAACGUUCAUGAAGUUCGUAAAUAGACCUUAGAAAGUUGCAGCUACGUUCAUUCCGUUCGCACACAGUUUAGAACCAGUUUUGAAGAACGCAGUGGCAACUUGUUUGGUGUGAUAGCUAUAUUUUUGCUAACUCGUUCAUAAGCAGUGUUAAAUACGUUCUUAAUCAGUUUAAACCCGUUUGCAAUGAGUUCUACCUCGUUCUCAACACGUCCUCAGACAGUUCAACUCGUUGUUAAAACGUCCCUGGUAGGAUUGAAGUACGACGGUUCCGUUCGUAGUACGUCCAGCUCGUCGUUAGUACGUUGUCACUCGUUCUAAUUGUAGAACGUGACGACCACGAGAACAUUUUGAGCAUUGUCUAAGUUCUAGAGGACCUACCCGUUCGAGUACGUUCGAUGAAGUUUGUAAAUAGAUCCCAAACGGUUCUUAGUACGUCCAGUCCGUUCGUACACAGUUGAAGCCCGUUUUCGAGAACGUAGUGAGAACUAGUUUGGUGUGAUAGAAGGGUAAAUGGACAAAGCUUACAACACUAAAUUGAGUAACAAUAUAGUCAGAGGUGUUUUUUAUUAGUUUACUAAUUAUUGUUCUUUUAUAGCUAAAGUUACCAUAGCCGUAGGGACCGGGGGUUCGAUGGGUUCGGACGAACCCCCGGUCGGGAUUCCCCCCAAAAAUAUUUGUGGAAAAUUCAUUGCAAUAACCAAUUACAUAUAUUCAAUUUAUAUGACUAGUAGAUAAAAAUAGUAAAUUUACACUUCUCUCCAAAAGAUUGGCAACCUCAGGCACGGGGUGGGAUUGUUUAAUUUUGGGAAGACCCCGGAGCAUUAUGACAUUAUGCAAAGAAAAAAAAUCAAUAAAAAGCUGCUCCAUCUACAGUGAAAUAAACAAAUUGUCUUAAUACUGAUGAAAACACAUUUUCUUUCAAAUCUAUGCCCCUCCGUUUUGUUUUAUUUCAAACAAAAAAAUUCUUGCUAAGUCCCCGGGUCUGACAAGUCCUCAAAAGCAAAUAUUAAAUAAUAUAAACAUUUUGAAAUGAGUUAUUAUUAAAAGCAUAUGUAUCAUUUAUAAACACAAGUAUUUGAUCGAAUGGGUAUUUAUUAUCCAUCACUUUUUAAGGAAAAAUAAAUCGAUUGCGAAAAAAUCAGUUUUGCUUUUUCAGAUGCACGUUCAUCUCGGAGAUCAUUUUAAGAUUAAAAUGUUGCUGUUUCAGUGUAUUAAGUAUUUACUCUAUUUUCAAGAAUAUCAAACUUUAGUGGAUCGCGUUUAUGACAUUAAUUAUAAUAUGUUUCGCAAAUAAAUGGAUUAAGGGAGGCAAUUAGGUGAGUAUGUCUGUGUUACUAGAUACAAGUGUAAAAGGUACACACAUUACGUGCAGUGGAAAGUUCUGUCCAAUAAAAAGGUCAGAUGCAGUCAUCUUUUGCUGAGGAAAGCAAAGGCGUAAGGAGGAUUAUAUCAAAUAAGUCUAGAUUUAUU